CCCAUUCGAUGACCCUCUCCUGGAAACCGCCAAUAAGAUUGAACCCGAUGAACUACAAAGUGUCGUUCGACGCCGUGAAAGAGUUCGUGGACUCGCAGGGCAUCACGCAAACCCAGAUCGUGCCUCGUAGGCAGAUCCUGUUGGACCCUACGGUGACCACGACCACGAUAAACGAGUUGCAACCGUUCACCACGUACAACGUGAACGUGA